UUAUUUGCUUCCCUCCACACUAAUAUAACAAUAUUUAUUUAUCACCGACUUCCGCAAUCCACCACCUGUUCGCGACAGCCGACACCUCCAAUAACCGCCAACAUUUACUUUCGAUAAUUGAUCAACUGAAGACUCACUUGUAAUUCCGGCAAACGAAAAUGAUGUCCAGAAUAACAUUUUUGGCUGCGAUCGCGGUGCUAAUCCUGGUGGGGUGGAGUGCAGCUCUUCCGGCAAACAAGGAACGAUAUCUGAAUGAGCUCGACCUGGUCGAUGACGACGGAACCAUGGACACAGCUUUGAUAAAUUACCUCUUCACAAAGCAGAUCGUGAAGCGUCUUCGCAAUCAGAUGGACAUCGGUGAUUUGCAGCGUAAGCGCACAUAUUGGAAACAGUGCGCCUUCAACGCAGUAUCAUGCUUC